AUGCAGGAGAGGCCCCUGGUCGUGUCUAUUCCCGUUGAAGGCGUCUUUUCCUGCCGGCACAGUAUUUACGAAGCCGCUCAGGAGAUGGUCAUGGCUGUUCAGGGUUCUGCGAGGGUUGGCGAUGCAGGGCUUCAGCGACGUAUUCUCUUCCGUGGUAUCCUCCCGUAUGAUGAUGAGGAAGUCGAGGAGGACUCACGGGCUCUGGCUAGGUGGUAA